CUCCAGUCUCUCCUGGGCUCUCCUGGCGUCGCGGCGUCCGUCGCUCGUCGGCGGAUCCGUCGGAUCAUGAACUAGUCGAAGCCCCUCUUAAAUCCGGCAUCCGGUUCCGUUCGUCGCGUUCCGAAGAUCGUUUCAAAUUUCCGAUGUGAAAAAUACUCGGUACGAACGAUCCGCGGAGCGAUUAACAAGAGUCAGGUUUGGUUGGGACGCGUCUCGCAGGAAGCGAACAGCUGUUCGUAGUGCGUAUCGGGCCACGCGUCCGUCGUAUACUCGGCGUCGGUAAGCAGUUUCCUAACUUACCGAGCGGCUCGGUUUUUCCCCCAUUUCUUCCCGUUCUUCGCUACUUUCUCGAUCGGAACGCUGCGGGAAAGAACAUGUCCGUCAUCGUUGAUCGGCUCCGUCGCAUAAUGAAAGGCGAAGACUCUCGGCCGGUUAACGAUGAGAAAGAGAUCAAGGGAUACCGAGUGACAAAUGCCGAUCGCACUCGGAGAUUCGGAGUCGCUUGCAAGAAUUUUCAGGAGCUUAAAAGCAAGGCCUGCGCAAAGUUUAAUAUUUUAAACCCCGACGAGCGGGAUAGAGUGACGAUUUGUCUCGUCGACGGAUCGGUAAUCGACGACGAAUAUUUUCAAUCGGUAGAACCGCAGACUACCUUGAUACUGCAGCGACAUGGGGAGAAGUUUUUGUCAGAUGCUGACAUAUUAUACAACACGCUGCGUCAAGUCAAUCUCGAGUUCAUAACGACCGGCGAUGCGAUAUCGAGAUUUCUCACCGAGAAUCUAAAGUCGAAGAUCGCAGUUUUGAACAAGGCUCUGAACAAGAACAACGAAAAGACUAGACUCAGUUCGAGGGAGGAUCAUCCCGACUGGUUUAAGAAUUUGGAGACGACGGCCACAACUAAAGAGGCCUACAUGCACCGCAGAUGCCAGGACAGGAUCCGGUGUUACCUGUACAAAACGAUCGAUCAAAUAAAGACUUCGGACGUAUAUUCGAAGAACGAAUCGGCAAGGCGUCGUCUGUUGCACGUGAUGACGUAUUUCAAGCUCCAACUGAAGGAGGAUCACUGUUUCGGUUUUUACUUUGACCGAAGUUACGCAAGAGGGGCGAGAAAUCGGUUGGAGAUCGGCCGAUCGAUCGGCGAAAAAGAAGAAGAAGAAGCAGAAAAACCUGCGAAUUUGAGUUCGGACGAGGCGGAUUUCAGCGCCUCGGUUUUUUCCUGCCACCAUUUUCACUGUCCGUGCAAAAUCGGCGCUGCCUCUGCAGGUUUCUGGUCGCCAUGGAACAGCAACCGAUUUCUCGCGGAAUUUUUCCCGGAGGAAAACGAUACCGACGAGACGGACGCCAGACGAAUAUCUCCCGUUAAAAAAACAACCGCUAACGAUAAAUCUGCCGAUUUAUGUCCCUACGAAAUCGGCAAAAACGACGAAACGGUGCCGCGAUUCGCGCUCUGUAAUUCUGACGGUGAAUUCAGAUGCGACGGCGUCUGGAGCGCCGAUCGUUGUGCUUACGCCGAUAGGCACACCAUCAAUCCUUACCGAUCAUACGAGGAACUGGUUCUCUUUUCGACGUGGAAUUUCGACCACAGGAUCGAGAGAUCGCGAACUCUGAUACCGAACCUGUUGCGAGCGUCUGAGGAGAAGGCGAUAAGUCGUGAGGAUCUAGUUCACCUCUACGAGAAUAUAUUCACGGUGAAAAAUCUACGACUGGUGCACAUAGUUUGUCACGAUAAGGGAGCCCACAGAGUUCAAUGAGCGAUGAGGCGUCGAGAGUAUUAAUAAUAUGCAAGAAGGUCGGAGAGUUUGAUCGAUAAAAACUCGGGCUUGAAUGAUGCGUAUAAGUAAAGUUUACAGAUUACAUAAUCCUGUCUUCUCAACGCGAACCGUUGCAACAAAUUACAGCGUUGUAUGUAUAUAUAUAUAUAUAUAUAUAUAUAUAUAUAUAUAUAUAUAUGUAUAUAUUAGGGUGUUUUGG